AGUUAUCGCGUACAGGAGACGUGUAGUGUGUAUUCACUACAGCUGAAAGAUUUCGACUUUCAGUGAAUAUAUCCUUCCGUGAAUCCUACAUGAUCCGUGGAAGAAAUGCGUUGAAAGUUUAUAUUUGACAGUUAGACAACAAAUACAAGAAAUAACAUCUGAAACAUACAAUGAAUGAUUACAAAAUACCAAUAAUCGAACCAACUAUCGAUUGUACAAAGGUACCACCAAUUAAUCAAAAAAGAACAAUUUCUUUUAUUAAUCAUUUUAUUGUACAUACUGUAACAUUUCUUAAUAAAUUUACCUUGUCGUGCGAAGAAAGAUUAUUAGAAUUUGAAUACAAAUUGCAAAGGAUAGAAGCUUCAUUAGAAAUUUUAGAGUCUUGGUUAUCAUCUGUUCCUGGUUUGGAACAAGACCAGAGUACAAAAAAUGCUGUAGAAAAUAAUGAUAAUAAGCAGGAAGAAAAAAAUAUAUCCAAAAUAGAUGAAACUGAUAGUAAUAAAGAAGAUAAAUUUGAAGAGCAGAUCGAAAAUCGAGCAGUGAAUAGAGAUCCACGCUAUGAAAAAUAUUUAAAAAUGGUACACUUUGGUGUACCAAAAGAAGCUGUCAAAUUAAAGAUGGAACAAGAAGGAUUGGAUUCGUCUAUUUUAGAUGAUUCCCAGCAAAUAAUUUCCAAGCUGAAAUCUGCAGAUAAUGGUGAGAAUAAAGGAGAUUAAAUAUUUAGUUAUAUUCUUACAUUAAAUACGUGAAAUAUUUUUACGUUAUAAAAUUUAGUUAAUAAAAUAAAUAGCUAUACAAAUUUCAA